UAAUGUAGCGAUUAGUGAUAGGAUCCCAUUUUGUUUUAAAAAAUCAUUUUUUUUAUUCACUGAAGUAUUUUUUGGUGACAUAAUUAGUGUAGCGAUAAGUAGAAAGAAUUACCUACUAUUCGUUUCACCAAAAAAAAAAAAAAAAAAAAAAAAAAAAAAGAAGAUUACCUACCAUUCAAAUAAAAUUUUAGGCUAAAUUACCUACCCUUCAAAGUUUGAUCCUCCUUUGUACCCAAAAAUAAAAUAAAAAUAAUUCGAUAGUCUUCUCUACCAUCGUAAGUAAGAGUCCGAAUGCCUCCGUGCCAAUUCCAAACAGCAAUUCCAAUUCUCGACUUCUAGUAAACAAGUUUAAUGAGUAGAGGAAAUUGAAGUAAUGGGUUUAUCAUCUAAUAUGACCACUACCGCUGAAGGCGUACAAUUUUGUAUAUUUGAUUUGAGGAGGGGACAACAUGAAGGGCAGGAAUUGGACAAGAUAUUGUUUUUCUUUCCUGCUGAUUUGCCCUUUUCGACACAGCUGUCUGUGAUCGGGCUCAGUGAAGGGCUUAUCACGUUUACAAGAAUUUUCUCUCCAGAGGCUGCUUGUGAGGUCAUAGAUGCAGAGAGGCACUCCCAUGUUUUUUAUGAGGCAGAGCCAGAUAUUUGGAUGGUGAUGAUAGUGGAGAAAAGCAAGGAGCCUGAAGCCAUUUGGAGGAUUGAGGCACUAAGAAAGGUUCUUAAGGAAGUCCAUUCUCUUUUUAUGAUGUUUCAUGGAUCUAUAAGAGCAUUACUAGAUAAAGAGCCUGGUGGAGGAUUAGCUCGAUCUCAUUUGUACCCUUUCAUCAUGGAUUAUCUAAGUGCAUACCAAAAACGGUCUCCAUUGGAGAAGUGCUGCUGGGAUUUUCUGGUUGGAAAAAAACUCAUGUUACCAUCCUUCCGUGACUGUUUAAAGGAGCGUGGAACUGUACAGAUGCUUACUGUAGGGCGAGAGGCAGCAAUUGAAGUUCAGUCGCUUGUCAGAGUAAUUGAAUCAUGUGCUGGGAACACACCAUGCUACUCAUUAAUUUUGUUUCAGGACCUGCUGGUGUCAACUACUCUUUUGCCGGAUGACACCAUAAACUUAUUUACAUAUGCAGUUCUAAGGUUGACCCCACGUGCUUUAUCCUCUGGUGCAAGUUCAUGGUCCUAUUUACGAAAAGGAACUGCAUCGCAUGAUGCCGCUUCAUCUAUCUUGGGCCAGUCUGGUACUGUUUCAGAACCGUUUUAUGGCCCAGGUGACUUGUCUACUGCAGUAGAUAAUGGUUAUCGUGUCACACGGCCCUUGUGUCAUGAUAAAUGGUCAAAAGGGAAAGAUGGUUUUCUUGUCACUGAUAUUUGGGGCGUGGAAGCUGGUACCUGGAUUCCUGCCACACCUAAAGUGUUGCUUCAUCAGACAGAUGAAAAAAUGUAUCUAUGUGCUCUUCAGUAUAAAAGCCUUACCUUGAUAUUUCUCCUUCCUGUUUCUUCUAUAUUAAAUGGAGAGCAAGGUAUUUCAAUGGUGAAGCAGCAAGUUCUAGAAAAUGCUGCCCUAAAGAUGCUGAAAGUUGAAGAGAAGCUAUCAAAAGGAUGGGGUGGUGAGAAUGCUUAUCAUGUUAGUGGUUAUCGUUAUUUACUAGUGGAUAGUGACAGAAAUAUAUCCAGGGCUUCACCAUCAGGAAAGGUUUCAACACUUUAUAAGGAAUCUUUACUUGCCAUGAGUAAGCUCAGAGAAGAGGUUGAUUUGGAUAAAUAUACAGCGCACUGGGAUAAUGCUGGUCAUGAAAAAGAAUUGGAAGUAAGCAUUCGAGCUAAAAACAAUGCUUGGGUUAUUGCUAAGGUUACAAGAGGGAAAGAGCUUUAUAUGGUACUAGAGAAAGCAAAUGAAACACUUCUCUAUGCCUCUGAUGCUGUUGAGAAGUUCAGUAACAGAUACUGCAAUGGUGCUUUUUCAUUGGAUUAACCAAGCAUACUUUGAUUUCGAACACACGAUCCCCAAAUGACUUGAAUCCAUCUGCUGCAGAUAUGUGGCAUGGAAUUUAAGAGGAGAAAAAUGAUUGUUUUGUAACCUUGUUGUAUGUACCUUGUAGUGGUAGAUUUUUGUGCUAUUAAUCCCACUUUCUAUGACCUUUGCCAUUCCAUGCUGUCUAGAAUAGUCCGAGUUUGCAAAAAUGCUUGAUUUGGUUGUCAAGAAAAUGAAAUAAUAAGGAUUGGAAAUUUGUCAAAAUGUUUUUAGAAGAAAAAGAAAGGUACUGGUUCAUGUAUUUAUAUCCUUCUAGUUAUCCUUUAUAUACUUCAUUCUUUA